AUGUCCACUCCAGCUGUUGUAACCUACCUCAGAUCCCUCGGCGCUGUCAGAGAUAGGUCCAACCAAGUAUAUGAAUUAGCUCAGAAAGGUAAACUGGAUCAUUGGCAAUUCGACGAAAGUAAAUUAGAGAAGGCGGUUGAUUAUUGUAUAAACAUCAUUCAGAGAGAUUUCGGUACUGAUUAUGCCAAGAUACCUCCUCACUGUCGUCGAAAUCACUUUAUCACCCCAUCACUUGACCGAAUCUCCCUCCUUCUCUCUCAGCCCAAGUUCCCUUCGGACCCACAAAGCAAAGCGGCAUCUUUGAUCGACCUGUACCUCGUCUCGGUACUGCUUGAUGCUGGCGCUGGACCGGACUGGUCAUACACCGAGAUAGACAAGGAUGCAAAUGUUAUCUGGAAAGGCGGUAGAUCAGAGGGAUUGGCUGUAGCGAGUUAUCAUAUGUUUGUUGAGGGGCUGUUCUCGAGUGAUGGAGAGAAUAAAUAUCAGGUUGAUUCCAAGGCACUGAAGAAUCUCACACCUGAGAUAUUAUCGAGAUACCUUCAAGUGUCAGCAUCGAACCCUAUGGCGGGAUUAGAUGGAAGAUGUAAUUUGUUGAUCAAGCUUGGUGAUGCAUUGGAGCAAAGACCUGAUAUCUGUAAGAAUGGUAGACCAGGUGAUUUAUUGGACUACUUUUCAUCUAGAAUUAACAACUCGACACUCCCCCUCUCAUCAUUCUGGUCAACCCUCUUCGAAUUACUCUUACCUAUCUGGCCAUCGCGUACUACACUCCCGUCAUAUCCCGACGAGCCACUGGGUGACGUAUGGCCCUGUGCAUCACUCUCAAAAUCGCUGAAUGAAUCUGGUAUGAAGAGGGAAGAAGGCGAUGAUUAUGUCGUAUUCCACAAAUUGACUCAGUGGUUGUGUUAUUCACUGGUGGAAGCUAUCGAGUCGCAAGCUGGUUGGAAAGUCGAUAGAGGCAGGGGACAGACUGGAUUACCAGAGUAUCGAAAUGGUGGAUUACUCGUCGAUCUCGACGUUCUAUCUAUCAGCUCUUCUUCACUUGGUCCCGACGCCUACCCAAAUGGUCAAGAUAAACCACCAGUGUUGGAACCUUCUCAUCCAGCAGUAAUUGAAUGGAGAGCAAUGACCGUUAUUUGUCUUGAUAAGAUCCAUCAACUGAUCUGUAGCAAACUCAAUGUCUCGUCCGAGGUAUUGGGCCUAGCGCAAGUAUUGGAAGCCGCUACUUGGAAAGGUGGAAGGGAGAUUGCCAAAGAGAAGAGACAAGGAGGUGGACCUCCAGUCGAAAUUAUCAGUGAUGGUACUGUCUUCUAA